AAAAUCACACCCCAGCUAACGUGUAUUAUUUGUGCUAAUUUAAUGGCCUGAGUGGAUUUGCAGUUAGGUGUUUCCGAUGGUGCUGUUAGCAUGAGUAUCGCCCGAGCCAAGAAAAUCGACCAAUCAACGAUGCGCCGCUUGGCUAUCAGUUACAGGUUACCUCCGUUAUCAGUGCAGGUUAACUUGAUUUGCCAAGCUGGUUUCGCGAGUGAAAUGCAGGUUUCACAAACGGCCAUCACGAUAGCACCCGAAAAAACCCUUUGAUUGGCCAGUCUGUUCCGAAAGGCGCACUGCGAAGCCUACCCUGUCAA